AUGGAUAUUGUUCGUGCGCUGUUUGCGCAGCAGAGAUGUCCCAUAGAUUCUACGGAUGCGUCAGAUCCUGCUUCUCAGGACGAUUCACCAAGAACCGAUGCCUACGAUGAUGUGGUUGGUUUCUUCGCGGACGCCCCCGAGGUUGCCACGCCCAAGGCGGCUCGGAUCGUGUCCGCAGAUGAUCUACCCCCGCUCGACACUCGGCCCGUCGCCGAAGGUGGGGGGGGACCAAUUCCAGUCGACUUUGAUCCGGCUCAACAGCUCGCUGUGCGCGUCGCGCUCACAAAGACCGCGCCGGUGGUGUGGAUUCAGGGACCACCGGGUACAGGCAAGACUGGGGUCGUCAUCGAGAUAAUCCGCCGUGCGGUUGCAUCCGGGCAGAGGGUUCUCGCGUGUGCACCGUCAAAUGCGGCUGUGGAUAACCUGGUUGAGCGGCUAGCCAAGCUGAAUACCGCGAACGAGCAAAAUGCCGGGAAUAACAUCGACUUUGUGCGCAUCGGUGCGCCUGAGAGAAUCUCGUCCGCGGCUCUGGAGAGCUCGUUGGACGCGAGAAUCGACAGAGAGACUGGCGUGUUCUUUGACGCCAGCCGGGGCAGAAAGAAGGAAAUCGACCUGGCCAAGAGGCAGGGCUGGAAAAAGCAAGAGGAUUUACAGAAAGGGAAGGUCAAGGGUCUGGGUGACAAUAUAUCCGCCAAGAACAUCGAGGCGAAGCUCGGGGAUCUGAGGCGUGAGCAGCGCACGCUAGCCAAAUCAGGGAAGAAGGUCCGAGCAAACGCUGAGCGGGAGAUUUUGGCGGAGGCGCAGGUGGUCCUGGCCACAGCGGUUGGCGCUGGCGCCGAAAACAUACAGCGACUCCCUGCGUUCGAUAUAGUCAUUCUCGACGAGGCAGCCCAGGCUACAGAGCCGGCAGCGUGGAUACCCCUGGUCAGGAGCAAGCGCGCGGUCCUGGUCGGUGAUCCCUGCCAGCUCGCACCGCUUGUUCGCUCAACCAAAGCAUCGGAUGGAGGUCUCGCGACACCGCUCAUGGCCCGCAAAGCGCCCGCGCUGGGUGCGGCUAAUGCUUAUCUCUCCUCCGGGGUUCUAGGGUGUGUUCUGACAACGCAGUACCGCAGCAACCGGCUAAUCUCCGAUUGGGCGAGUCAGGAGAUGUACGGUGGGCGCCUUGCCGCGUCUGAGCGCGUGGCGAGCAGAUUACUCAGCCAGAUGCCCGGCGUGGCAUCAACGCCAGCGACGAACGCCCCGCUGUUGCUGCUGGAUACGAGAACCAGAGCUGGCAUGUUGCUGACAGGCUGUUCAGAGGUGUCAGAAAUGUCAUCAUCAUCCUCACUGGUUAAUGAGGGCGAAGCUUAUGCGGUCAUGAUGCACGUCGCUGGUCUGCUGGGUGCUGGCGUGGCCCCUUCCGAUGUCGCCGUGCAAUCGCCGUAUGCUGCGCAGGUUCGUCUGAUUCGCACAAAACUUGCAGACGUCGCAGCCAGGGGUGCUGCUCCCGGCGCGGACCUUGUUGAGGUAGCGAGUGUGGACUCGUUUCAGGGGCGUGAGGCUGAGGCUGUUGUGAUUUCUACCGUUAGGAGUAACGAUAGGCAGUCAGUCGGGUUUCUGGCUGAUGUUCGCAGAGCGAACGUGGCGGUGACUCGUGCUCGAAGACAUGUCUGCAUCGUGGGGGACUCGGUGACCGUGGGCGGUGAUCCAUUCCUGAAUCGACUGAUGUCGCAUAUGAGGACCAACGGUCUCGUUGCGACCGCAAACGAGUUUGGCGAGCUGCAUCAGCGCACACCGUGA